AUGGAGUACUAAGAUUACACUAGGACACUUGGCAUUCUCUGUAUAUAUCAAGGAUACUAAAAAGACUCUAGCUCGAAGCCAAGUUAAAACCCCGAAAGAAAAUUUGAGGAAUUAAGUCAAUAGCAGAAAUAGAAAUGUUCAGAAUAAGAUAAGCCGAAAAUCUUUACCCUCUAAAACUAGCUAAUAAGCCAAAAGAUACGAGAAUAUCAUAAGAAAUUACAAGAAAGUGGUGCACUAAAUCGAGAUGAGAUCAGGAGAUCAAGAAAUAAUAGCGAAUCUAAUAAAUAACCAUUAGUUUCAGAAGACACUAGAAUUUAAUCUGGAUAUAUAACAAUAAAUACCUAUGAAGAUCUGCAAAGACCGAAUGUGUUUAUUAACCCUGAAUCAGCUAAAAGAUUGUAGCCUAUAAUCAAUCAUAGCUUGUUAAAUCUUCAAAACUUUAGGGGAUUAAGUAAUGACAAAGUUGAGUCAAAAAGGUCAAUUCCUAUUUCUUCAUUUUCAAUUCAAGAAUUUUAAAAACCUAUAUUGCAAAAAAAGCAGGAUCCUUUAGGCAAGGGAAUUGAAGACAAUUCUUUUGUUUUAAGAGUGAAUCAAAUGCUUAACACAAGGAAUAGAAAUAAUGGAUAAGUUUUAGCAACAUAAAAUUAAAGGAAAAAUACUCCUUAGAGACCAUAAACUGCAUAUGUUGGCUAAUAAUAGAAAAAAGAAACUCCUUAUGUUGCAAGAACUAUUUCAAGACAUCAAAUUGCCCCUACUCAGUAGAAGCACAUGAAUAGAGCAGUUAGAGAAUUAUUAUAAAUAAAGUAAAUGAUGAUUGUUCCAAGCAAUUGUAUAGCUUUCAAUAAUACGAAUAGAAAUUAGAGUGCUAAGAUAAAGAGGGAUUUAUCUGGCAAUGAUUAGAGUCCGAUUGAGAAUCCAAAAAAUCAAAUAUUAAAACGUAUAGUUAAAUAAAAGAUCUCUCGAGGAAUAAAUUAAGUAGAGUAUCAAGAUGUUUAUGAUGAUAUAUAAGUCAAUCUAUCAAAGUCUUAUCAUACCUUAAGCGAUAUAAGUAGUAGAAGAAACCUUAAGGAUAAAGAAGAUACAUAAGUUGAGAAAAACUAUAAAACCUUGCAGAUAAGCAAUCCUAAUAACAUCAAGAUAGUAUCUGAUGACAAUUCUCCUCUGCUGAGAGUAAGAAAUGAAAAUUUAAUUAAGAAGAAUUUCUUGAUACAAAGCUACUCUCGAAAAGAAACCAGAAAUGUAAACUUUUACCAUCCCCUCUCUAAAUCUAAAAAUUAUCAAGAUAAGUCAAAAAAUAAUGACCUAGAGGGCUUGUGA